CCCCGUCCGGGAUCUGGGAACACAGGAAGCGCUCCACUGGGCAUUGUAACAGGACCCCUCGGCGUCAAAGACUCCGGGUUGCCAAGGUCCACGCCUCUAUGCGCCCGAAACCUCCCACGGUCCUCCAGGACCAUAGAGAGCAGCGCGAAGACGGCGCCUCCCCGCUCUACUCUCCUAGGGAGCAGCGAGACGAGCGGCGGGCCAGAGAGGCCGGAAGUGAGUCCAGCCAGGGGUCGCGCUGGCCGCGUUGGCGGUGCGUCGCCUCUACUCCCUUUGUGGCAUCUUCCUGUAGGGCUCGGGGAAGACCAGGCCCCCGAUGGACCCCGCGAAGGACGAGGGAGGUCGGCCGCAGCCCCCAGGGCCGCCCACCAGGAAGAAGUUUGUGAUCCCACUGGAGGAAGACGAGACCCCUCCCGCAGGGGCCAAGCCCUUGUUCAGAUCUUCACGGAACCCCACCACGGCAACCCCAGCCCAGGCGGCCCCUCAGUCAUAUGCUGAGUACGCCAUUGCCCAGCCUCCAGGAGGCGCUGGGGCCACAGGGUCCACAGGUUCUGAACCUGUGAAGGGAGAGAACCCCAGCCAGACCCUGAAAACAGGAGCGAAAUCCAGUAGCAUCCUCGUGAGCCCCCGGCAGGGAAGAAGCCGAGUGUCCAUCCUCCCAGAAGACUCCAGCCAGGCUGCCCUUCCCUGCUAUGACCCUUCCCUGAAGUCCGUCUUCUGGGUUGACUCCCUGGCCCCAUUGUCCCCCUUGCUGUGCCAAUGGGUCCCAACCUCUGCAUGCCGAGGAGGUGCAAAGGAUUCUGGGGCCUCGGGGACAUGGAGACCCUCAACCUGUCCCCUUCCCUGUCUCCACAGCCUCCGCUACCACAACCUCCAUCCAGACUACAUCCACGAACGGCUGCAGGGCCUGGGGAAGACCUUUGCCCUGCGCGUGCUGCUGGUCCAAGUGGAUGUGAAAGACCCUCAGCAGGCCCUGAAGGAGCUGGCCAAGAUGUGCAUCUUAGCAGACUGUACCCUGGUCCUGGCCUGGAGCGCGGAGGAAGCAGGGCGGUACCUGGAGACCUACAAGGCUUAUGAGCAGAAGCCCGCCGACCUCCUCAUGGAGAAGCUGGAGCAGAACUUCCUGUCCCGGGCCACCGAGUGUCUGACCACCGUGAAGUCAGUCAACAAGACCGACAGCCAGACCCUCCUGGCUACGUUCGGAUCCCUCGAACAGCUCUUCACUGCGUCACGGGAGGAUCUAGCCUUGUGCCCGGGUCUGGGCCCCCAGAAGGCCCGCAGGCUCUUCGACGUCCUACACGAGCCCUUCCUCAAAGUGCCCCGAUGACCACUGCCACCCAGGCUCCAGAGUCACAAUAAAGCGUUUUCCAGGCUCAGGCUCCUGCUGGA